AUGGCCGCAGCACUACCGCCCAAGGAGUUGCCCCUGACCGACACCCAAGGAGUCGACGUCGAACGUAACAAGUCGAUCAGCUCUCUCAAGCAUGCCAGUCAUCCUCUUGAUAGCGCGAGCUUCUUUCGCUCGACGCUCUUCCAGAUCCUUGUCGUUGGCCUCUGUGCUUUCUGUGCACCAGGAAUAUGGAGUGCAAUGAAUGGCCUGGGUGUCGGCGGUUCACAGAGUCCGGAUCUUGUCAACGCAGCUAACGCCCUGCUAUACGCCUUCAUGACUGUGACAUGUUUCGGAGGGCCAUGGCUGACAAACCUCAUCGGCUUUCGCUGGACUCUGGCCAUCGGCGCUCUGGGCUACCCGCUCUAUGCGGCAGGACUUUACGUCAACAAUCGUUUUGGGGACGAAUGGUUCGUAUAUGUUGGGGCCACCACAUGCGGUAUCUCUGCCGGCUUCUUCUGGAGUGUGGAAGGCGCCAUAGCGACAGGCUACCCCGAGAGCCACAAGCGAGGUCGCUACAUUGCGACUUGGUUCACUUUCCGCAACUUUGGAAAUAUCAUCGGUGGCUCCAUAGCCCUUGCUCUGAAUCACAAGACGACGCAGAAGGGCAAGGUCGGAUAUGCAACUUAUCUGGGCUUCAUCGCAAUCCAGUGUCUUGGCUUCUUCGCUGGACUGCUUUUGUCCAACCCUGAGAAGGUUCGCCGAGAUGACGGGACGCGCAUUGAAGCCCUCGGGGUAUCAACUGGCGAACAGAAGGCAGAGCGAUCCUAUCCAGGAACUUAUCUCGCGAGCUACUUCUCAGUCAGGUCGAGAGCCUUGGGAUCCUUCAUGUCAGCUGUAGUCGGCACCUUGGCAACGUGGCUAGGUGGCAGCCUGGUAGACCUUCCCUGGCACAAAAGCCGGAAGGUCAGAGCUCUCACCACGUACGGGGUGAUUGUGGCCAUCAACAGUGCAACUUGGAUUUGGGCGGUAUACAUUCAAAACGAGUACCGACGUACUGAUCCUACUCUCGACUGGGGAAACCAGAAAACUUUUGGCCGCGGUUUUGGCGUGUAUAUGCUCGAACGGAUCAGUCUUGGGAUGUGCGAGAACUAUAUAUACUGGUGUAUCAGCAACCUGUCAGACUCGCCAGGAGACCAAAUCCGGUACAGCUCGUUGUUGCGUGGCAUCGAGACGGCAGCAGUUGCGGUGGGCUUCGGCGUGCAAGCAGUUCCAACGCAGCUUAUCAUCACAGCCGGCAUCAAUUUUGCGUUCUGGUUCAUCGCGUUGCCUUUCAGCUACUACGCUACCGUUCAGGUUGUCCGCAAGUUCGAUGAGCAAGAUGCGGCGAAGAAGAACGAGGAUACAUUGGAGGUCGGUGGGACACAGGCCAUGGAGGUCGGUAACAGGACAUCGAUAGGAGGCUAG